AUGCCCGCUGUGGAGGAGGGAGAGAGGUGGGCAAUCCAUCCAAUAAUGGGCUCAUCGCUCCCUCUCAAAUUCGCUGUCCUUUUCUCCAUCUCUCUCGCCGGCGCCGCCUCCUUCGCCACCACUACCACCGCCACUUCUCUCCCAUUCUUCAAACCAAAGCCCAAGCCCAAAGCCACAGUCUCGGAUUUGCUCUCCGUUCUGGGUUCACAUCAACAGGCCAGUUCGGUCAACUCUCAUGUGGCCCGAGAACUGCGAUCCUGCUUCAAGUUCCUUGUGCCCUUUAGUCCCACUCAACGGCUCAGCCCCGAGUCUUCUUCGGCUCGGCGAUUGCUGAACGAUCGGAACAAGAGAGACGACAAUGAGAUGAUUUGGUGGCCGCCGGCUCCAGUAAUGGAGCUCGCUCGUCUCGCCGUUGACUCUGGCGGUGAUCCUGGGGCAAUUCAUAUUGCUCUCGAUCCAACCAUUAUCCCAGUUCCUGAUGUGGAAGGAACGAAGGAAGAUCGAUGUGAGCUUACUAGAACCCCAUAUGGGAGACACUUCAUAAAUGAGGAGUUGAAUUCGUACCUAAAGUUUUUAUUUGAAAUUAUAGUUCAGCGGGGUCCCAGUGUAGGGCUGAACGUUUCAUUGAAUCGCUAUGACUUUUUUCACGGUCACCUUUUCCUUGCCAUGGAUUCUGGAAGACUUGGUAUUUUGUAA